UCUAGACUCUAGUGAUCCCGACCAGGAAGACAAGUGUCUCCUUCUUCCCUUGGAAGUAUCAAACCCUGCUCAGACCAAACCUCUCAUAGCCGCCGCCGCCGACGACGAGUUUUGAUGAAGAGAGACGGCGUAAAGCAAGCUUAUGAUGACCCAGAACCUACAUUUCCAGAGAAAGACGAGGGCUUUUUAGAAAACCAGAGUCACAUGGCUGAGAUUGUGCAGAAGAAGCGUAGUACCAGGAAGAGAGCUACAGGGAAGGGAUUGGCAGCCGUGAAUGGCCCAAGGGAUUGUGAGAAAGGAAUUCUAUCAUGUGCCGCCAACUGGGGUCGGAAGCGGUUUAGGCGCGUGAGACCACGCAACGCUGCAAAGCAGUGGAUUGAGGAUUGUUUAGAGUGCCUUCACUGUCAGGGGAAUGAUGAGGGCAGAGUUGGUUGCUGUGGAAGUUGCAAAAGAAAAUGGUAUCCUCAGAUGUUAGAGGAUGCCAUUGCUGAGGCUUGUCCUGGAUGCUGUGGUAAUUGCAGUUGCAAAGCAUGUUUGUGUGCAGCUUCUAGAAAUUUGAAGAAACAGCCGGAGUUGAAUAUUAGCAAAGAGGAAAAACUUGAGCACUCUAAGUAUUUGCUUCAAGCAUUGCUUCCACUAUUAAAACGACUUAAUAAUGAGCAAGUGAUUGAGAUGGAGAUGGAGGCUAGGAGACAAGGGCUAUCUGUUUCGGAGCGAAAGAUCCAAAGGUCAAACUGCUCUUAUGAUGAACGUGUGAAUUGUAACAACUGCAAAGCUUCAAUUGUUGAUUUGUAUAGAAGCUGCAAUUUAUGCUCAUAUGAUCUCUGCCUAACGUGUUGCCGGGAGAGUCGAGAUCGACACCUGGACGGAGGUGGGAAGGAAGUGACUAUGGUGUGUAUCAAUCAGGACCUAGAACAUUUGCAUGGUGGAAAGGGGAACAUAGCGGAACUACUGUUUGAACCUAGCCCCAAGUGUCAUGUAAGGUUAAAAUCUGAAUGGAAAUCCAAUGAAGAUGGUAGCAUCCUUUGCCCUCCAGAGGACAGGGAUGGCUGUGGUCAUGGUCAUCUGGAAUUGAGAUGCAUGUCUUUUGAGAAUAAGGUCGGUGAGUUGGUACAGAAAGCAGAAGAGAUGGCUGAAAUUUACAACCUUAUGCAUGCGGCAGAAACUUCUGCACAGUGGUGUUCAUGUUUCAAUUCUUUGGAUGUUUUUGAUUCAAUCAGCAACACCAAAAAGUUAAGGAAAGGAGAUUCUCGAGAGGAUUUUGAUGACAACUAUUUGUACUGCCCAAGAGCUGGAAAUAUCCAACAUGAGGAUCUUAAGCAUUUCCAAUGGCAUUGGCUCAGGGGUGAGCCUGUGAUUGUUAGCAAUGUAACUGAAACUACAUCAGGUAUGUGGCCUGCUUGUCGUCAGAUGCAACAGACUAUGCACGGUAAAUCUUUAACAAUCAAGGCCAUUGAUUGCCUAGAUUGGUGCAAGCAAGAUAUCAGUAUCCAUGAAUUUUUUACUGGAUAUGCAAAGGGGUGGUUUGAUUGGAAAAUGGGGCCUCAAAGGCUAAAACUGAGAGAUUGUGCUCCAGCUAGUUUGAUUGAGGAGCACCUUCCUCAUCAUGGUGCUGAGUUUAUCUAUGGCUUGCCAUUUAAGGAAUAUACUCAUCCUCACAGUGGGUUUCUUAAUCUUGCUGCUAAAUUCCCUGAGGAGUGUGGGAAGCCUGCUUAUGGCGUUGGGCAGGAGCUUGGACAUGAAGAUUCUGUGACUAAGCUUCAUUGCAAUAUAUCUGAUGUGGUGAAUGUUUUGACACAUACUGCUGAAGUGACCCCUAAUUCUCAACAACUUCUUACAGUAGAAAGGCUGAAAAAAGUGCAGAUUGAGCAAGAUAGAAGAGAAAAUUUAGGAAACUGUCACUCUGCGGAUGGCAAUGUUGAUGGUAAAAUGCCUAGCGUUGGGUUGUGUCUUAAACAGUUUUAUAUUCAAGGUGGCAAUCAAAACAGGGAUGCUGCUUUCCAAAAACUAACACUACCAACUGUUCAAUCUGACGGUGAUACUGGUAAUUCUUGUUUGAAAGGUGGAAAUCUUUCAAACUAUUCCGGAUCUGAAAAUAAUGUAGACGGUGGUGCUUUAUGGGACAUUUUUCAGAGACAGGAUGUUCCAAAACUACAGGAAUAUCUCAGGAAGCACUUCAACGAGUUCAGGCACACAUACUGCUGUCCGUCCCAACAGAUUAUUCAUCCCAUUCACGACCAGAACUUUUACCUGACUCGGGAGCACAAAAGGAAGCUGAAGGAGGAAUGUGGAAUCGAACCAUGGACAUGUAUCCAGAAACUUGGGGAUGCUAUCUUUGUUCCUGCAGGCUGUCCAUAUCAAGUCAGAAACUUGAAGUCAUGCAUUAAAGUUGCAGUUCAAUUUGUCUCACCUGAAAGUGUUGGCGACUGCCUUCGUUUGACUGAAGAAUGCCGCACACUUCCAAAAGAUCACGGGGCUAAAGAGGAUAAAUUGGAGGUGAAAAAAAUGAUUGUGCAUGCUAUGCGGGAAGCUGUGGAUAUUUUGGAUCAGAGUGUGAGGGUUAGACAAGCAAAGAGAGAGGAAGUUGGACAAAGACAGCAAGUACAGAGCAGGGAGGAUGGGGAAGUUCAAGCUGAUGAGGAGCAGCCAUCAAUGUCAUCACAUCCAGCACAGUUCCCUCUUGAUCUUGUUACAGCAAUGCAGCGGCUAGAUGACCUCGUGGAGCGCUUUUCGGAUUUUGAACACUUGGAAGAGAGAGAUAGAACAAUGAAUCCGGAAUACCAGUUCUUAUGUUCAGAGUUCAUGAAUUUAUCUUCACAUCUUGGUUAUGCAACUCAGGUGAAAGAGUCUGCCAUUCCACCAUCCUAUCAGCAACACUAAAAUCUAUGGUCCAAAAGAUCUUUAUAUUUUUUAAUGGUUUCUUGGAUGAGGUAUAUCUUUAACCUUCAAUGUGUAGCGACAAUUGGUUUGCUGUUGUGUAACCAAUCAUUAGUGUAAAUUUUGGAGUGAUCAUUUUUGGUUGCCUAGUUUCACUAGGAAACUCGUCUCUUUAUAACGA